AUGGCCAAUCGUUCAAUCAAAAGACCAGUGGGAAUUAUUGAUGAUGUCUUAGUGAAAGUGGGAAAGUUCCUCCUUCCGGCUGAUUUUAUGAUCCUUGACUGUGCCGUUGACAAAGAAAUCCUAUCAUCUUUGGGAGGCCAUUCCUUGCUACCGGAAGAGCACUUAUGGAUUCGGAACGAAAUGAAAUCAAGUUCCGAGUUAAUGAUGAAGAAGUCACCUUCCAAGCAAGUAGAGGACGCAAGUGAAGUGAAAAUGGAAGAAGAAUGCCUAGGUGAGGCUUUGGCGGCAAUAUUGGUAAAUUUCGAUGGUGAAAACAUGGAGGGGUACAUGGAAUCAAUGAAUGCAUUAAAAGGACGUGGGUCUUACACUUACGCACCAAAGAAGCUUUCUCUUGACUUACAGAAUAGAGCCACUCCCCCAGCAAAGCCUUCAAUUAUUGAGCCGCCACAACUUGAACUCAAGCCACUCCCACCACACUUAAGCUAUAACCAAAUCAACAUUGCAUUGGAAGAUCAAGAGAAGACAACAUUCACAUGCCUAUAUGGGACUUUUGCUUUUAUCCGGAUGCCAUUUGGGCUAUGCAAUGCUCCGGCUACCUUCCAACGGUGCAUGAUGUCAAUUUUCUCGGACAUGGUGGAAGAUUUCCUAGAAGUGUUUAUGGAUGACUUCUCUAUUGUGGGUGAUUCCUUUGAGCAUUGUCUUGACAACCUUAGACAAGUGCUCAAAAGAUGUGAAGAAACAAACCUUGUACUAAAUUGGGAAAAGUGA